AUGGAUGUGGAUGAGGAAGAAACCUUUGAUGCAUGCGGAGCCAAGUUCACAAGUGACGGGAAGCUUGCUAUAGUCUUCGGUGCCGACAGACUCGGUUCCAACACUGGCGAUGCCUUUUGGCAUAAGAACCUGGAGAAGGGCAUCAGCCUGGCUCCUACUACAGAUGAACUGAGCUUUUACGCCCGCAAAGGCAUCCGCGAAGACUACGAGCCGGACAUUGCUGACGUCCAGUCUGAGCUAAAGGGUAUUAUCAAAAAGGAUAUUACCCUGGUCCCCAACUUUGAGGAGACUUACAAGAAACUGAAGCAUACCAAGGAUGGCACUGACUUUGACCAAUACCUUGGUGCCUACAUUUUCAACUACUUCCGUGGCCUGGUUAGUACGUUGAAGUGGCGCAAGUUUGACAGCGAUGAUAUGCUGCAGGAGGCUCUGAGUGAGGCAUUGGAGAAAGGAGAAGUGCACUUUCGCAUCCUUGAUAAGGUUGAGGGCAGUAGUGGAGAGGCAGCUAUCGAAGAUGGCAUACUCUACUUGCAGACAUCCCCUGACAAGUGGGGAUCAAACAUUGACGACAUCUCCAACAACAUCAUGGACCUACUUUGA